AUGGCAGAGCCAAGCACAAUAACGACUCAAAAUGAAACUAAAGAAAAAGAUCCAGAACCAGAAUUGACUAGCAAGGAUUAUUAUUUUGACUCAUAUGCACAUUUUGGCAUUCAUGAGGAAAUGCUUAAAGAUGAAGUUAGAACACUCUCAUACCGUACAGCAAUUUAUCAAAAUAAACAUUUGUUUAAAGAUAAAAUUGUAUUAGAUGUAGGGAGUGGUACUGGAAUCUUGUCAAUGUUUGCAGCAAAAGCUGGUGCCAAACAUGUUUAUGGAAUUGACAUGUCAAAUAUUACUGAUCAAGCACGACAAAUAGUUGCAGAGAACAAAUUAGAUGAUAAAAUUACCCUCAUUAAAGGCAAGAUGGAAGAAGUAGAGCUACCGGUUGACCAAGUAGACAUUAUAAUUUCUGAAUGGAUGGGUUACUUUCUUUUAUAUGAAUCAAUGUUAGACACAGUCAUAGUUGCGCGUGAUAAAUAUUUGAAACCUGGUGGCAUGAUAUUUCCUGAUAAAGCCACAUUAUUUCUUUCUGCCAUUGAAGAUGGAGAAUAUAAAGAAGAAAAAAUUGGAUUUUGGGAUAAUGUUUAUGGCUUUGACUUUAGUUCAAUCAAAUCAGUUGCUCUUAGAGAACCAUUAGUGGAUGUUGUUGAUUAUAAAGCUAUAGUCACAAAACCAAAUGCAAUAAAAGAAAUUGAUAUUAAUACAGUUCAGAAAUCGGAUCUUGAUUUCAAAGCUCCAUUCACUCUAACCGCUCUCAGAGAUGAUUAUAUCCACGCGUUUAUUUCUUGGUUUGAGAUCACCUUUUCAGUGUGUCAUAAGCCGGUUCAUUUCAGCACAGGACCGCAUGCUAAAUAUACACACUGGAAACAAACUGUGUUUUAUACAAACGAUUCAAUUAUUGUUAAAGAAGGUGAAACAAUUGCUGGAACUUUAACUUGUUCUCCUAACAAGAAAAACAAUCGAGAUUUAGAUAUUGAGAUAAGUUACGAGUUUUCAAGUGAUGCAGGAAAAUUUUCCGAAUAUCAUUAUCCUUGGAAAAAUGUUAAAGCAGAAGACACUUCUUCUUUUGAACAUAAUGGAUGUUGGUAUCCAGCUCCAUUUAAAAAAGCUAUUAUAAUUAUUAUUGAUGCUCUAAGGUUUGAUUUUCUUCCAAUAAUUCGCAAACUCCUUAACAAACAAUCGACCAACUCUUUAUUGUUUCAAUAUAUAGCUGAUCCACCAACAACAACCUUACAACGUUUAAAAGCAUUAACAACAGGUACCUUGCCUACAUUUAUUGAUGCUGGAAGUAACUUUGCUGGAUCAGCAAUAGACGAAGAUAAUUUGAUUCAUCAGCUUUGGAGACAAGACAAAAAAAUUGCUUUUAUGGGUGAUGACACUUGGGUGUCUUUGUUUCCUCAAGAAAUCAAUCAAAACAUGUCUUAUCCAUUUCCAUCAUUUAAUGUAUGGGACUUGCAUACAGUUGAUAAUGGAAUAUUAAAUUUAUUAGGUGUUGACCAUUGUGGUCAUCGAUAUGGGCCUGAUCAUCAAGAAAUGGCUACCAAGUUAAAACAGAUGAAUGAUAUGAUAAAAGAUGUCACUGAUUCAAUUGAUGAAAAUACUGUUUUACUAAUUAUGGGUGAUCAUGGAAUGGAUCUAAAGGGUGAUCAUGGUGGUGAUAGUGAUAACGAGGUUGAAUCUGCUCUUUUUAUCUAUAGUAAAAAACAAUUAACCAACAACAAUAAUUACGAUUUAGGAAAACUUUUAAAUAAAUUAGAUAGUUUAACUUUUCAAAACUCUUUCACUGCAAUUAAUAAUAAUAAUUUUGGAAAAUGGCGAAGCAUUCCACAGAUUGAUUUUGUUCCUACCUUGUCACUUUUACUGGGAUUACCAAUACCAUAUAAUAAUCUAGGUACUAUUAUACCAGAGCUUUUUCUUCUUCCAAAUAAUAACCAUAAUUAUGAUGGUAGUGUUAGUGUUGAUGACGAACAACAGCAUAAAAUUCAAUUAAUGAACCUUUUGGAAGUGUUAAGAUUGAAUUCUCAACAAGUUUUUAGAUAUGUGGUUGAAUAUUCUCAACAACAACCUUCUGCUGAAUUAUCAAAAGGUUAUUUACAAAUAUUAAGAUCAUCAUUUCAAAAAGCUGAUGAAAAAUACAAUUUGAUAAAGGAAAAAGAAAAUCAACAACAACAUUCUCGAAUGGUUUUAUCAUCGUCAUUAGAUGAUUUAGAAGAUGGGAUAAUUUCUUAUAUGAAAUUUUUAAAAGAGACAUUAUCAAUAUGCCGUAAAAUAUGGGCGCAAUUUGAUGUAAUGCGCAUGAUUUCGGGAAUUGCCAUUCUAUUCUUGAGCUGCGUGUGUAUUGCUUUACACAUGUAUAAUCUAACAAUCAUUGAUGAUAAUAAUACUGAUAUUAUUAUAAUCAAUCAAGUAGCAAUUACUUAUGUAUCAUUUGGUGGUAUUAUUGGGUUUUUUUUUAUUAAAUUAGGAAUUUUUAAAUUAUUAUUACCAUUAUUUUCAAUAUUGCUUGAUAAUAGUUAUUAUGAAAAUUCGAGUUUUUCAAUUGUGGAUUUUAUGAUUUUUGGUGUAUCAAUCGGAUCAAUCUUUGGUUUUCUAUUUCAAUUUAACUGGAGCGCCUUAAUUUUUCAAAAAACUAGAAUAAAAAUGUCUUCUGAAUUUUUCUUGGCCAUUUCAUUUCUUCUGAUUCAUUCAUUACUAUUUGCAUCAAAUAGUUUUACAGUUUUUGAGGAUAGAAUUAGUGUUGGUCUAUUACAAACUUAUGGAUUGAUCCUACUAACACGUAUCGCGAGUUAUUCUAGAAUAUGCCGCGAAGAGCAAUUUCCAAAUUGUAUUUCAACAUUUUACAUAUCAACAUCAUCAUCUGUCUCUUCACCGGCUAUUUUAUUAAGUCAAGUUGCAAUGGCAAGUCUUGUCCCAUUUAUUAUUUAUAAAAUUAUGAGUUUAUCAGAUAGUUUUAAUGGGAUUGCACCAUUUUGGAUUGAUUGGGGUUUAAGGGCUGGAUUAGUAUUGGCAUCUAUAAAUGGUUUUUUUGAUAAAUAUUUAAAUCCGGAAUGGAUGAAAAAUUUUAUAGUGAAAUUAGCUUUUGGAAUAGCAAUAAUAGUUGGAAAUUUUGCAUGGUGGACAAGAAGUGAUAACGUUUUUGGAGCAUCAUAUUUUAUUUUCUUAUCAAUGAUUUAUCUUGUUUUAUUUAUUGUACAAAAACCAAUGGGUGGAAUCAUGAUUUCAAUUGCACUGGUACAAAUCCUAUUUUUAUUAGAAAUACUCGCUAUAAAAAAAUCAAUCCGUGAAUCCAAUUCCACGACCACUUCUACUAAAGAUUCAUAUGGUUCAUUCCAGGAUUAUUUUAUUUAUAAUGUUUUAUUAGCAUUACUUGGUACAUUAUAUUAUUUUUCAACUGGCCAUCAAGCAACACUUUCAUCAAUCCAAUGGUCAACAGGUUUUAUUGGAAUUGGAGAAGUAAAUUAUAUAAUAUCGCCAAUUCUUGUAACACUAAACACAUUAGCAUCACCAAUUCUAUUCUCAUGUUCUGUUCCAUUGGUUGCAUUUUGGGGGUGGAAAAUUAGUAAUAACAAUAAUAAUCAUGACGUUUACUCUGCACUCACUUACUCUACAUUAGCAUUCAUCCUUUAUAAUGCAACUAUUACUACAAGUACAACUUUUUGGGCUGCUUGGUUUAGAAGACAUUUAAUGGUCUGGAAAGUAUUUGCACCUCGGUUUAUGUUGGGUGGCGUGACAUUGAUGAUGGUGGAUGUGGUUUUAACUUUUUUGUCAAUCGGUUAUGCUACUAGAAAAAUUUUCAAUCAUGUUACUAGAAUUUUUGAUGUAAAUUAUUUAUAA